GCAGGUGUCGCGAGCCUUCGGGGCCCCUUCGAAGUUUAAAACGUGAAUCCAAAAACCAGCAUAGUGAUAGCACAGUAAACAAAUAAACUUUUUUGUACUAUUACGAAUAAUUUUCAAGUGUAACUAGUGAGGUUUAAUCUACAAACGCAUUUGUGAAGUCAGCUGGGAAUGUUAAUUAGUUUUUAAAGAAUUUCUGUGUGUUUGUACAGUUUGUUACUAUUACAUAUUUGGAAGUCGGAAGGACAUUAUCAGAGAUAAACAUGCAGCAACAGCAUUUUAUAUACAAACAAGAAAGCGAUGUCGCGUAACAUGCUGCGGCAUAUAACCACAAAAUUCCAUCAAAUGAAAAAAAGUAAACCACCAGACUCGACCAAUACAAACACCUUCGACAUUUGAAAAAGCAAAACUGAACAAGAAAGUAAUGAGAUACUGGCAACAAAAGAAAAACUGUGAUUAAAAAGAAAAUGGGUGUGCACGUCCUUCUAGCGUCCACGGCCUUGAAAACUGUCAGUGUGACCGGAUUAUGGUUAAUACCUCUGUUGCUUGGGGCGCUGACUUAUCACAACUAUAACUCGUAUGAUCCGGAAUCCAAGGUACUGGAUAAGGAACCGAGGCGAGAGUAUGACUUCAUAGUGGUCGGGGGCGGCUCGGCAGGGGCCGUUGUAGCAAACCGACUGACCGAAGUCUAUAAUUGGAACGUUCUCUUGUUAGAAAGUGGUCCCGAUGAAAACGAAAUAACGGACGUCCCUUCGCUAGCAGGGUAUCUGCAGCUAACGAAGCUGGACUGGCAGUACAAGACCGAGCCGACGCCAUACGCUUGUCUGGGCUUCAAGAAACAUAGGUGCAGUUGGCCUAGGGGCAAGGUUCUUGGGGGAUCAAGUGUUCUCAACUACAUGAUCUAUAUUCGUGGUAACAGUCACGAUUUCGAUCAGUGGGAGUCUUUUGGAAAUCCCGGUUGGGGCUAUCAAGAUGUUCUCAAAUACUUCAUCAAGUCUGAAGACAACAGGAACCCUUAUUUAGCUAAGACCAAAUAUCAUGGAACGGGAGGAUAUCUAACGGUCCAAGAAGCGCCAUGGAGAACGCCCUUGGUCGCAGCUUUCGUUGAAGCCGGAGUCGAAAUAGGAUACGAGAACAGGGACGUUAAUGGAGCUAUUCAAACUGGAUUUAUGAUAGCCCAAGGAACAAUCAGACGCGGUUCGAGGUGUAGCACAGCAAAGGCCUUCUUAAGACCUGUGCGAACACGAAAAAAUUUAGACGUAUCAUUGAAUUCGCAAGCAACAAGAGUUCUCAUAAAUCCAGUGACCAUGAAAGCGUACGGUGUGGAAUUUGUUAAGCACGGUGUAAAAAAAGUUGUAUAUGCGAGAAAGGAGGUGAUCUUAUCUGCGGGUGCUAUAAAUAGUCCCCAACUACUCAUGUUAUCAGGAAUAGGACCGAAAGAUCACUUGAGAGAUGUGGGUAUUAAGGUGAUCAAAGAUUUACCAGUGGGUGAGAAUUUACAAGAUCACGUUGGAGUCGGUGGUCUUACAUUUCUAGUCGAUAAGCCUGUAGCUAUAGUUCAGAAUCGAUUCCAAGCAUUUCCUAUUUCGAUGAAUUAUGUUGUCAAUGAAAGAGGUCCAAUGACUACUUUGGGCGGUUUGGAAGGUGUUGCUUUUGUUAACACCAAAUACGCAAAUAGUUCCGGGCUUUGGCCAGAUAUACAAUUUCAUAUGGCACCAGCUUCAUUUUCGUCUGACAACGGUCAAAUCGUGAGAAAAAUUCUCGGACUUACCGAUGAAUUAUAUGAUACAGUAUACAAACCUAUUGCGAACAAAGAUGCCUGGACGAUCAUGCCCUUACUGCUCCGUCCAAAUACACGAGGCUACGUUAGAUUAAGGAGUUCGAAUCCCUUUCAUUAUCCAAUAAUGAAUCCUCGAUAUCACGAAAACGCACUAGAUGUUGCGAGACUUGUCGAAGGGAUAAAAAUCGCUGUAAAAGUCGCAAACGCGUCACCGUUUCGACAAUUUGGAUCAAGACUUUACAACAAGCCAUUGCCAAAUUGCAAGCAGUUCCAAUUUAUGUCUGAUGAGUAUAUAGAAUGUCAAGUAAGGACAAUUUCGAUGACGAUAUAUCAUCAGUGUGGGACAGCGAAAAUGGGCCCGUCUUGGGACAAAGAGUCAGUUGUCGAUCCGAGAUUGAGGGUUCACGGUGUUGAAGGACUUAGAGUAAUAGAUGCAAGUAUAAUGCCCACUAUUGUAAGUGGGAAUACAAAUGCUGCUGUUAUAAUGAUAGGUGAAAAAGGUUCGGAUAUGAUAAAGCAAGAUUGGUUGAAUAAACGGUGACAUUAAGAAAGUAGUCUAGUGUGGAAUUCAGUUACCAGUAACAUUUUUUGUAAAUAUUAAAUGUUGUUUAAGUUUUGUUCCAAAGA